GUCGUACGCAGAUCUUUGGUCCAGUUGACGUUCAUUUAAUUUCACUUGAUUUAAAACCAAAAACCAGCAAGUUAAAGAACCUCUCCAGUGUAAAGUUUUACAAAGAAGUGGCAGAGUUCAUCGCCUUCUUAAAGACACUCUUGUUAAAGUGUUCCAGUGUUUUUUUGAAGCGGACAUCCCGUAGGUUCAUUAGGCCAAAUAUAGCUGUUAUCUCAACCGCAGCAUGAGUGUGCGGUUCAGCAGCGUGAGCGUUGUGAAGGGUAACUGAAUGUGUCAGAGGAUGACAGAUGAAGCCUCAGAACCAGCAGCUGGAAGAAGACCAUUAAGAAAAAGUGACCUCGGCUCACCCGCUCACAGCAUCCUCUCUCUCAGUCCUGGUUAUCAAACCGCUAAGUGUCGUCAUCAUCAUCAGCAGGGUCCACAAGGAGGAAGGACAAGAUGAACACAGAAGAAGGAGGUGGCUGAGGAGGAGUGAGGAGCGUUUCAUGAAGUGAAGAGAACAACAGGGAGACGAUGGACGCAACCAAAAUAACCAUGAAUACUCUGUUUCUCCUCUGCGUCACGACAGCAAAGCCGGCAGGAGGCCAGACUUUGGAUGUUUGUGCGAGCUGCCACGUGAACGCCACAUGUGACGACAAGUUAGACGGCUCAGGGAAAGUUUGUAACUGCAAGUACGGGUUUGUUGGAAAUGGAAGAGCUUUCUGUCAAGAUAAAGAUGAGUGUCAGAGCGGAGUCAGUACGAUCUGCGGGCCGCACACCACCUGCCAUAACACAUAUGGCAGCUACUACUGUCGCUGCCUGUCGGGCUACAGCCCGUCCAACAACAUGGACGUCUUCAUCCCAAAUGAUGGAACCCACUGCCGAGACAUCGAUGAGUGCAGGAGGAUCUCAGGCCUGUGUGGAGAUGGAGGUCUUUGCAAGAAUCUUGAGGGCAGUUUCUACUGCAGCUGCCAGCUGGGAUACCAAGUCCACAACGGACCAGAGCGCUUCAAUCCUAACACAAACAAAGCUUUCUGCAAAGUGGUUGACUGUGGGAGGCCCGCUGCAGUGGAGGACAUGGUGUUGCUAUCAGUCCCAUGGACCACAUACGGCAGUGUGGCCAUGUUUGCCUGUGAUGAAGGCUUUGUGUGGAGAAGUGGAGCCAACAGUUCUGUGUGCGGAGCUGAUGGACGGUGGAGAGGACCAACUACGGUCUGUGAAGAUGUUGACUGCGGCUCUCCGCCCUCGACGCCUCACGCUCACAUUCUGUGGAAAAAGAGUUCAAGGGUGGGCGCUAAGGUGCACUAUCAGUGUCACUCUGGAUAUCAUAAUGUUGGAAAGGGCGAUGUGUCCAUGUGUACGGCUGCUGGAUCGUGGGAGAGACCGCCGGUGCUCUGUCAAGAGACCUUGUGCGGAUUUCCUCCGGUGAUUCAAUCCACUGAGCAGGUGUGGAACAAUAAAUCAACACCUGGAAGCACCGCGCUUUAUUUUUGUAAAGACGGGUUUCGUUACCAAGGAGGACACAAUGUUUCGACCUGCAGUGGAAACGGUCAGUGGAAACGUCCAACUUUGUCGUGCCAAGAAAUCAAUUGUCAAAGGCCGGUUUUUAAACCUCAUGCUAAGAUGCUAUGGGACGGCACGUCACAUCUUGGCAGUGUGGUGCGUUACCAAUGUGAGGAAGGAUAUCACACCAGGAGCCCGAGAAAUGUCUCGGUGUGUGGAGAGAGUGGACUGUGGGAGGACACUGAUAUAUGGUGUGAAGAGAUACGCUGUGGCCCCCCACUAAAGCUCCCCCAUACUAACCUCCUGUGGGACGGCUCCAGUACCCCGGGCAGUGUGGUGCUGUAUGAGUGCAUGGAUGGAUUUUAUCAGGAGACUGGACAUAAUGUGUCGUCAUGUUUACUGUCAGGAGAGUGGGGGGAAGUGUCUGUAAAGUGCAAAGCUAAAUGUGGCCCCGUGCCGAUCCUGGAGAACUCAGAGGUGCUGUGGCAUAACAGAAGUGUUGUGAUCCACCGCUGUGUGGACGGAUAUCACAGCUGGAGGGGCAGCAACGUGUCCGUGUGCAGCAGCUCCGGUGUGUGGGAAAACGCGACCAUGACAUGUGUCGAACUAAAGCCACCCGUCACUCACCUGUUUGUCGUCGAUGAAAAGUGUGUGCACUGGAGAGCAGAGAAGUACGAGGACGACACAGAAGUUUACAAGGUGAUGUGUGUCGGAUCCAGAGACUACCAGAGGUCCUUUCAUGAUAAGAGGACGCGGUUUUUGAGAUCCAAGUCCGACCAGCUGGAAGUGUGUCUGAAGCUGCUUCCUGUCACCAACUACAGCAUCUCCAUCACUGCAGUGUCUGCCAGGUUCACAGCCAGCAUCACCACUAACACCAGUUUAACAGCGCCUCCAGCACCCGAUGUCUACUUCAGAGAAUUUGAGACCCCUUUACCGACGUUGAAGCUACGAAGGUCACUUAACACGCUCGACCCUAUAAGUGUGUACCAGGUGUUUGUGCUUCCUGUGGAGGGGGUCAUGACCUUUGACUGCUUGUCUCCUGCGAGCCGACACUCCUCAAACGAGCCCCCUGCAGAGUACAUCGCUGCCAUGAUGGAGGUCAUACGUGUCGGGAUGGAGUUGAACUUCACUGUCGGGGACGGACUCCUCUACGGAGGCUACUUUAACGCUCGACUUGAGAACGGCAGGAAUUACUACAUAGUCCUACGAGCGGUCAGUCAGUGGAACGAGGCUGAAAGAAGCACUUGCGUCCUGUGGGCUAAAGUAAGAGGUACGUCCUUUGUUAUGAAGGUUUCUGCGUCGUCUGCUGCUGCUUCAGUCGUCUUCGUUGCUGCGAUCAUGUUGGGAGGAUUCAUCUGGUAUUACAGGAAGACCUGACGCUCUUCAGUGCUGAUGUUUUUGUGAUUUUAAAUGUUGACCUCACACCUGUACAUUUUGUAAAUCAUUUUAAUAAAACCAUUUUCAGUUA